GAACCGGUCGGUCCGGGCUCGGGGGCCCAGGGAGCGAGGGACGCGGCGACAUCUGCUAGCUUCGUCAGUCGCCCCAGCAGCCCUCGGGGCCGGAGCUGGGAAAGCACUUGCCAUGGCGGCGUUGGCCGCGAUGACCGCUCUGCGGGAGCGCGAGUAAGAGCAGACCCCGCACCUCCAGUCCCUGCUGGGGCUCCGUGAGCAGUGACGUCACGGAGCAGCCCCUGCCAUGGAGAAGUUUGGCAUGAACUUCGGCGGGGGGCCUAGUAAGAAGGACCUGCUGGAGACCAUCGAGACGCAGAAGAAACAGCUGCUCCAGUACCAGGUCCGGCUCAAGGACGUUGUCCGGGCCUAUAAGAGCCUGCUGAAGGAGAAGGAGGCUCUGGAGGCCAGCCUCAAGGUGCUCUCCGCGUCCCACGAGGCGGAUGACGCCGGCUUAACCGCUGUCCAGCUCCCCGGCCUUCCGCUGGCCGACGCUGCGGAUGACCGGUGCUCCACUCACAGCGAGGACAGCACCGGCACUGCUACCAGUCUGGACACAAGCGCCAGCCUGACCAGCACCAAGGGUGAUCCCGGGGUGGAGGAAGAGAGACCGGCCAGUGGCCCGGCGGCCCCAAAGUCGGAGGAAGCCAGUGGGUCCGAGAGUGGCAUUAGUUCCAGUAGUGGGGAUGUGCCGGCCGGCGGAGGGGGGGACAUGGACAAACGGAUUCACCAACUGAAGACUCAGUUGGCCACUCUAACCAGCUCUUUGGCCACAGUGACCCAAGAGAAGUCCCGCAUGGAAGCCUCCUACCAGGCUGAUAAAAAGAAGAUGAAGCAGGAUUUGGAGGAUGCCGGCAGAAAGGCGGAGGAAGAAAGGGGCCGUCUGGAGGCAGAGCUCAAGGGGCUGCAGGAGCAGAUGGCGGAGACUAAAGCCAGGCUGAUCACCCAGCAGCAUGACCGAGCCCAGGAGCAGAGCGAUCACGCCUUGAUGCUGCGGGAGCUGCAGAAGUUGCUGCAGGGAGAGAGAACCUUACGGCAGGAUGUGGAGCUGCAGCUGGAGGAGACCCGGGAAGCCCUGGCUGGACAGGCCUACUCCGCCGACCAGGUGGAAGGGUUCGAGGUGCAGAUCAAGCAGUUGACCCGUGAAGUGGAAGAGCUGAAGCGGGAGCUGCAGGCUCUUCGAGAGGAGAAAAGCCUUCCGGAUCCUCGACUGGAAGAGCUUCAGGAAGAAGCUGCUCACCUUAAGAAUCAUUUCCAGACCCAGCUGCAGCAGGAAAUGAGGAAGACUGCUUUGGCAGAGGAGCAGCUUCGUCAAUAUUCUCAGAUGGAGGAACAGAGAGUAGCUGCCUUAGAGAAUCAAGUCUCAGAAGUGUCUGAACUGCUGGGUACCUAUGAGAAAGCUAAACAAAAGGACCAGCUGGCCAUUCAAAAACUAAAAGAUCGCCUUCUGCAGCUGGAUAUGGAGAAUAAGACUCUUGCUCUUGCGGCCUCUAGUCGUUCUCCCCUGGACAGUCACAAUGAGGAGACCAGCCUGGAUGUCAAUGUCCUAAAGGAUAAGAUGGAGAAACUGAGGAGACUGCUGCAGAUUGCAGCCAAGAAGAGCCAGGUGUCUCUAAAUAUGGAAAAACUGUGUGAAAUAGAGAUGCUGACAAACUCAGAUGCUGCUGAUGGAGAAAAGGCCACUGCACUCUACUACCAGCAAGAGCUAAAGCAGCUCAAAGAGGAAUUUGAAAGGUACAAAAUGAGGGCCCAGGUUGUCCUCAAGAACAAGACAACCAAGGAUGGAAACUUAGCUAAGGAACUGGAGGAAAGCCAGGAGCAGCUUGCAGAGCUAAAGGAGAAAUACAUUUCCCUUCGACUCUCCUGUGAAGAGCUAGAACGACAACACCAACAAGAGGCAGAGAGCUGGAAACAGGAGCUGGCUCAGUUGCAGCAGGUCCAUCGGCAGGAGCUGGAGAGAAAUCAGCUUGAUUUCCGGGACCGGACACUGAAGCUUGAAGAAGAGCUACACAAACAGAGGGACCGUGCUCUAGCGGUACUUGCUGAAAAGGAUUUGGAACUAGAGCAGCUCCGCUCUGUGGCUUUGUGUUCUGGGUUGCAGGGACAUAAGGCCUCAGGGGGCCAGGGCAGUAAUGGAGAUCUAAGUGACUCAACUCCAGACAGUUUGACCCAAGCUCUGCACUUGGCUGCAUCAAAUGAGCCAACUUUCUUCUUGUAUGCUGAGCAGCUGGCUCGGAAGGAAGUUGAGAUAACAUCUUUGAGGAAACAAAAGCAUAAGCUUGAGGUGGAGGUGCACCAACUUCAGGACAGGCUAAUUGUGGAGGGUGAACAACACCGAGAACAAGUCUGUACUUUACAGAGCCACAUUGAAAAAAGCAUCAGGGACCAAAGCAGGGAGGGGGCCAAUCUGGAGUACUUAAAAAAUAUAAUCUACCGCUUCUUAACCCUGUCUGACUCUUUGGGUCGCCAGCAGACACUUACAGCUAUAUUGACUAUCCUGCAUUUCAGUCCAGAGGAGAAACAAGUGAUUAUGAAACUCCCAACUAGUAGUAGCUGGUGGCCUUCUGGCAAGAGAUAAAACUCUCUGGCCUUUUCUGUUUCUAAACCCUUUUUUUAUCCUGGAGUCUGUUCUGAUACUAUAACCUCUUCUCUUACAAAUAACUGGGAUAGUGUCUGUUGUUGCUUCUGGCCCCUGAUGUUACCGCUGGCAUUACUGUGAGGCAUUACUUCUGCUCAGGGGUUUGAAACUGAAUGCCAAAGGUUGGAAAAUAUUGAAACUUUCUAAAAUAAAAUAAUUUGUUAUCCUUUGCAAUUCCCAGAGACAAUUUGGUUUCUGUAGAUAAUAAAUUCCACUGGAAAGGUAAUCCAGUACCAUCGGUGCUUUCAGUAUGAUGAGAAAAAUGUGAGGUCAAAACAGUAAUUUGUUUCUUUAUUUCCAGAGGCAGGUGGAAUUUUGGUCCACUCCCCUGGGACAUGAGACAAGUCUGGAAUGGGAAUGGUAUUCACAGGAAUCUUUCAGUAGAUGGAUGUUUUUCUCAUACAGUCCAAGUGUCUUGUGAAUUUAGGAUUUUUAGAAUGUGCCAAGAAUUUACCUGGGUGUUCCUUUGAAAAGCAGAUGUUAAAGGGAGGGAGAAAGUGCUUUGUCUGUAGCCCACAGGAUUAAAAGUGUAUUCUUUUUAUCUGAAAGACAUAGCUACAUUUUUGCUCAUCAAAAAUGAAUGAUUAGCAUAGCCAUCCAGUUAAAUCCCUUGUGUGGAGAAUUAGCUUUAAUAAAUUCAGAAAAAAAAGGAGAGAAAACCAACGUACUAGUAAAACAAUCAUUCAAAAGGUACAAUAAAAUGCCUUUCCAGGGUCACAGUUUCAAAUACUUAGGGUACUUUGAAAUUCUUGGGAUAUCCAGGGAACCAAAGGAAAGAAGGAGAGAGACUUUAGAGGUAUGAUAAGAUAUUCAGAGGAAAAGAGGGAAGGAUUGCCAUGAGAAACUGAUCUCAGUUCAGUUUUGCUCUCCUCACAGCCUAGCUUCUGGCCUGACAAUAGUCCAGUUUUCUAGUCAAGAGCUCAACUAAUCUUUAAAAAAAUUAUUGCUAUUUUGAUCUUACAUCAUCUCCAUUUUCUGUUGGUUUUUUUUUUUCCCCUCCAUUUUAAGAAGCUAUUUCUUAAAAACAGUAUAAAAAAUUAAAAAUACUUUAGUCAGACUAACCAAUUUAUCCAACCAAGCCCAAAAUAGGACUACAGAUUUAAAGCUGGAAAGAGCUGUAAAGGUCCCUAGAUCCACUCAUUUUUUUUUUUUAAUAGCUUUUUAUUUACAAGUUAUAUGCAUGGGUAAUUUUGCAGCAUUGACAAUUGCCAAACCUUUUGUUCCACUUUUUCCCCUUGUUUCCCCCAUUCCCUCCCCCUAAUGCCAGGUUGACCAAUACAUGUUAAAUACGUUAAAGUAUAAAUUAAAUGCAAUAUAAGUAUACAUGUCUUAACAGUUAUUUUGCUGUAGAAAGAAUCAGACUUUGAAUGGAAACACAUUUUCUGUGUAUCCUUAACUGGUGGUAUUUGAGGAGAUUAGGGGUUGAUGAUUUUAUUCUACUAUCAUUGCUCUUAGUCUUUUCAUCACUGUUUAGUCUGAUUUGUAUCCUUCAUAUCUCUUUCCUGUGCAUUUCUUAUUCUUCCUGUAAGUUUAUAUGUUAAAAAAGGAUUGUAAAAUGAGUGCCAAAAGCAUCUUUCUGGAUUUUGAGGGGCCUGGUGAAUUUUUCUCUUUUUGAUGGGAAUUAUUAAAUUUUUUAUGUUAGGCAGUUAUCUGGUAGAUUAUAGAAUCAUAGAGCGGAAGGAACUUCAGAGUUUUGGAGUCUAAUUUCCUCAUUUAAUGAAGAAACAGAGGCACAGAGAAAGGUGGCUGGCUCAGAGUCCCACAGCUAGUAAAUAUCUGAGGGGUCUUUUAAAUCGUUUUGAUUCAAAGUCAUACAAACUCUUAUCCACGAUACCACUUGUGCCAAACUAAAGUAGAGAUAGAUCUUUGCUUCCUGUGUUUUGAUUUAGAAAACCACUAUUAACAAUGUGUUAUCUUUUAAAUUUACUUUGUAAGACUUUUUACAUUUUCAUCUGGUUUCCCUUGGUUUUGGAUGUUUGCAGGGUUGGAUGGGCCUCAGGCAAUGAUUUUGACACCUGUACUAUUCUACCUUUGAGCAAAAAUUUUUCCAAGAUAAUAGAUUUAUAUUUUAAUAUACAUCCCAAUUUUCAAGAAGAAACUUGUUUGUGAACUCUUGUGCUGAUUGUCAGGACACACAAUUUUCCAAGUAUAAAGGAUCCAGAACUAAUAAUAAAUAUAGAUGGCCAUGAGUUCAGGAUGAGCCCACAUGACACCAGGUAUAUCAGACCUAAAAUAAGAACAAUAAUUAGCCAAGAGCAGACUUAAAACCCUGCACUUACCCUAGAACAGGGUUUCUUUACCUUUUUGUGCCAUAAAUCCCUUUUCAGGUUGGUAAAGUUUUUUAAUAUAAUAUGAAAUAACUAGCAUUAUAAAGAAAAGUAAUUAUAUAAAAAUAGUUAUCAAAAUAUUAAAAAGAAAAGUUGUUUGCUUUUAGUCUUUCAUCUAUCAGAUUAGUAGUAUUUUCCAUCAUUAGUUUGUUAGAAUUGUGAUUGAAAGACUUAAGAAUUCUGAUCAGUAUAAUGACCAAAGUUAUUUGUUUUAAUAGUAUUGUUCUCAUUGUAUAAAUUGUUCUCCUAGUUCAGUUCACUUAACUCCAUUAGUUCAUUAGCCUUCCCAAUUUUCCUUUGAGACCAUCUUCAUAAUUUCUUAACACAAUAAUUUUCUAAUAUACUUGUUCAGCAAAACCCCCAGCUGAUGAACACUCCUUUAUAUCCCAUCUUAUCAUCUUAAAAAUAACUAAAAAUAUUUUAAAAAUCUUUUUCUAGAGUAUAUUUUGCUUGGGACUAAUUCUUCUCACCCUAUCCUCUCUAUAAUUCCUCCUUCUUCCUCCCUUUUCUCUUGUAUUUCUCUGUUGAAUGAAAUGUAUUUCUGUACCCAACUCUGUGUGUAUUUUUCCUCCUUCCAUCAGUUCAGAUCAAAGUGAAGUUUAAGGGCAAGUCACUUAAUCCAUCCCAAUUGCCUCAGCCAAAAAAAAAGUUUAGAUGUCAGACAUUCACCUACUUUCUACAUGUUAAUAUAGAUUUCUACUUGUACACUUGAUUAUGUGAAAAAAUUUUCUCUAACCUACCUUUCAAUCUCCAACACUCUAUGCUGCCUUCAACCCAUGAUACACAGUUUCUUUCAAUUUUUCUUUUAAGAUCAAGACAAAAGAGAGCCACUUCUAGGUUCUUUGUCUAAGUAGAUUUCUUCUAUGACACCUAUAGUGAUGACAGGGCUCAUAAGGGACACGUAAUAUUUGCAUAUUAGAAUACAAGCAGUUUAUUCACUAAUUCCUUAUGUUUGUCCAUUGGUAUUUACUUUUUUAUAUUUCUUUCAACAUCUUUGUUUGAACUAUGCAGCUCUAGUUAUUUCAUCAGGAAUGUUGAAAAUUCCUAUUUCAUUAAAAAUUCAUUUCCUCCACUGUAGGAUUAUACUCAUUUUUGCUAGGUAAAUUAUUCUUUGCUGUAUAAAUAUAUCCUAUGUCUUCUGGAAAAUAGUAUUUUCAGCUCUGCUUCUCUAUAGUGGUGGCUGCUAAUUUUUAUGUGAUCUUGACUGUGGCUUCUUGGUACUUAGAUGCUUUUUGUUUGCUUUUGGUAUUUUUCCUUUGACUUAGAGGCUCUGAGUUUUGGUUUUGAUGUUCUUGGUGUAGUGAUUGAAAUUUAACAGGAAGGUAAGUUGAGACAAUUCUUUGCACAAGGUAACAUUAACAAAGGCAUGCUGCCUGACAAUAAAAGGAUCAGUGGGUUGCUUCCACUGAUCCUGAACAGACAGUUCCCCUUUUACAAGUUUUGGGGAGUACAGAACAAAGAACAGAACAGGAUAGAUAAUAUCAUGGAAUUGGGACAACAUGAUUAGUUACAGAACCAAGGCAUAGGCAGCAACAUGAGUAGUUAGAAAUUUGGUAAUGAGGGCUAGCAACAAUCCCCCAUGUUCUCUUGUGAGACUAACAAAUAGUUAUUAUUUGAGUACAGUUGUAAGGUUUAGAGGUAAUGAACCAGAUCCUCCUGGACAGCAAAUCAGAUAUCUUUGAAGGAUAGCUUGAGGGUACUGAUAUAUUAGGCUGGACUCCCUUUGUAUUCACACAUACCACCACACCCCCCCCCCCCUCCCCAAAUUCAGUUAAAUUCCCUGAGCCAAGAAUAGAUUAGAGAUUAGCAGAAGUGUUAGAUUUUUAAACUUAACCCAUUAUAGGCUAGUUCAAUUUCUGAACCAAGUUCAUAGAUACAUUACAAAAGAAAUUCAAAAAUGCAAACAGUUUACAUUCAUUCCCCAUUGUUCUUUGUUUUGGGUGUAGCUGCUUCUGUCCGUCCUUGAUCAAUUGAAACUGAAUUAGAUCUUCUCUUUGUUGAAGAAAUCCACUUCCAUCAGAAUAUAUUGUUAUAGAGUAUCGUUUUUUGAGGUAUAUAAUGAUCUCCUGAUUCUGCUCAUUUCACUUAGCAUCAGUUCAUGUAAGUCUCUCCAAACCUCUCUGUAUUCAUCCUGCUGGUUAUUUCUUACAGAACAAUAAUAUUCCAUAACAUUCAUAUACCACAAUUUACCCAGCCAUUCUCCAAUUGAUGGACAUCCAUUCAUUUUCCAGUUUCUAGCCACUACAGACAGGGCUGCCACAAACAUUUUCUGCCGAUUCUUUCUUAAGGGGUAUUACAUGUUAUAUCAUUCCAGGCAUUUAGAACAAUAUAGGAUGGAGAUCUGCAAGGCAAGAUCAACUCCCUCAACCCCAACCUCCAGUCUGAGUUAACCUGAGUUUGGGUCUGAGUAACAGUAGACUGCUGCUGAACUCAGCCACUAUCAGCCAGCUGGGAAGUUCUGCUGGUUCAGAGGGACAGAACUGGUUUGGCCUCCUCUGCAGGGUCAGACUGGGCUACAAGUUGGAACUGAGACUCUGCUCUGCUCCCAAUUUACACCACACAGCUCUCAUGACUUUAACUGUAAUCUCUAUGCCUGUGCUCAUACACACAAAUGUAAAAUCAUGUAUCCUCCAAGGUGUAUAUAAACACAAUUGCAUAUAUAUAUAUACACAUACACACACACACAUGCAUAUAUAAAUGCACACAAAUAUAUACACAUGGACAUACCUGCAUAUAUGUUGGGAUGUGUACACACGUACACACACAAACUUCCCUUCUCUCUAUUCUUCACAUUUUAGCCUACAUCUCCUGUCCCUGGGCCCUAUCACUGGCUGUUUCACAUUUCUGGAAUGCCUUCUCUCUCUGCUUUUGUCUCCUGAACAACUUGCAUUUAUACAGCCCUUUAAAGUUUGUAAAGGAUAUUAUGUAUAUGACCUCAUUUGAUCUUCACAACAACCUGUAAAGUAAGCAUUGUUAUUAUUCCCAUUUUGCAGAUAAACAGAGGUUGACAAAAGAUUGGUGAUUUGCCCAGGGUCACAUAGCUAGGAAGAUGUCUGUGACUUUUCCCAACCCAAUCCAGCAUUCCAUCCUACUGCUUCACCUAGCUGCUCUUUCUCUCUUUAAUUUGUAGUUCAAGGAUAAUCUUCAGAAUAUAUUUCCUAAUGCCCUCAACUUUUAGUGCCCUUCCUCCCAAACUUCUACCUUGUGUUUAAUAACUUUGGAUAUAUUUGUAUUAAGUUUCUAUUUAGGCUAUUUAUAUAUAAUUUUACUUGUUGUUUUCCUCAUUAGAACUUAAAUUCCUUGUGGGUGAGGAUUAUUUCAUUUUUGUGUUUGUGUCAUCAGUGCUUAUCACACAGUAGGGUCUUAAUAAAUGUUUAUUAUUUGAUUCAAA